UCCAUGGUGGCUGCACCAAUUUACAUUGCCACCAACAUUUGUUACUCCGCAUGAACAUUUUUAAAGACCUCAUUUGCUUGAAUUUUAGGGAAUGAUAAUAAAUAUUUAUUAAAGGGAUGAAAUUGGAUAUGUUUUUCUGUUUAUUUUCACCACUCCCCUGUCCCUGUCUGUGGCCAAACAAUUGAGUGUAUGAUUCUCAGGACAGAGAUUUAAUCUUGUUCACCUUUGCAUCCCUGGCACCUAGAUCAGUGCCUAGUUCUUAUUAGAUCCCCAAUAAAUAUUUGUUGAAUAAAUCAUCAGCAAAAUCACCCUGCAUAUAUUAAAUGCAGUCCGUCUCAUGACAUUUUGUAUUUUAUGCAUCUCAAAUGCUUGAACAUUACAAUACUUGAGUUGCCAAGCAUGUUAAAUUCUCAUUGUCUUCAAGUUUAAAUCCAGUUUUUUGGUGAUCUUUUAAUGGCUCUGGGAUUUCUUUCCAAUGGACAUAAGCAAGAAAUUAACCAGUGUUGUUUAAUAACUGUUUUUAGAAUCCAGGUUUUCAGUUUUUAAUAUUAAAUUGUAUUAGUUUAAAAUAAAUGGCAUUACUAUAUCCUAAUAAAAAUAAAUAAAAUCAAUGGCAUUUAUUAGCAAGUUCUCCUAAUUUUAGAUGUUAUUUUAAAAGAAAUCUAUCUUCAACAAAAAGAUGAACUCCUCAGUCGUAGGUAUUACUAGAGCGAUGUUUGCAAGAGACACUAUAGCACCUGUUUUUUUUUUUUUCUUUUUAUGACCAUAUGUAUGAACUGAGGUGGGCCUCUUAAUCGCUUUAUGAGAUGAAUAACUUGACGUACCUGCUUUUUGUAAAAGAUAUAUUAAAUGUGUUACCCUGGAAAUAUUGUAACAAAAAAAAUUCAAGGAAAUUUUCAAAAAUGCUUAAUGAAAAAGUUCUGUACAUGGGCAAAAUAUCUUUAUUUUUACAGACCUUUUUUUUCCCCCAGAUAAAACUCAGUUUUCCAUAGGAUGCUCAUGCAGUCACAGUCUCCAUCUGCAGUGCUGACGACCUUUCGUGUGCUUCAAUGAACGCAGAUUGGUUUCUGGAAAGUGCCUUUUCUGAAAACUCUGCUGCUUGGAUUCCACUUUCGAGCUGUCUCUUUAUAAACCCCUCUCCCUACCACCACCUCUGCCGCGACCCCCACCAACCCCCCCCAGAAAAACCCUAGUGUGCUUAUAGUUCGUUCUCAACAAGUUGUUCAUUCUUUUUUUCUUUGAUUUUCAAUUUUCAUAGUCAUUUUCCCUCCUCCUGAUUUUGCAGCAAAAAAAUUUAACAGUUGUUAAUAUCCUACCAAUCUUAAUCUUUAAAGCUAAGAAAUUGUAAAAAAAAAAAAAAAAAAAAACCAAACCUUUUCUCCCCUUGAUCUAAGACCAUUCCUCAAAUUGAAGGGCAGCCCAAAGCAUAUGCUUUUUGCAAGAAUAAUUGAAAACAUCAACUGGAAAGCAUAGAAUUCUUUUGAAUUUCUGCCAGUUAUUCUUCGGCAGAGGAAGAAAAUAAAACGCCCAAUAUCUUAACCUUUACGGUUGCCUUCUUAGGAGUUGGUCUCUAAUUUGAUUUUUUAGUUAUUUGAACACAAUUUUAUUUUCUGAUUGGCUUUGUUUGGCUGAAUUUGACUUGAAAACCUAAGUGCUAACAAAGCAACAUUUCACCAAAGCAAGCUGUUAUCUCUUCACAUUUAGCUUGAAUUUUAUUGUUAACCUUUCAGCAAGAGCAGUAAUACUGUUCUAGAAAGGGUGCACUUGAUUUUAACUUUGCUUUCAACAUGACGGCUGUCAACGUUGCCCUGGUACGCGAUACCAAGUGGCUGACUUUAGAAGUCUGCCGAGAAUUUCAGAGAGGAACCUGCUCUAGAGCUGAUGCAGAUUGCAAGUUUGCCCAUCCGCCAAGAGUGUGCCAUGUGGAAAAUGGUCGUGUGGUGGCUUGUUUUGAUUCUUUAAAGGGUCGCUGUGCCAGAGAGAACUGCAAGUACCUCCACCCUCCGCCCCACUUAAAAACGCAGCUGGAAAUUAAUGGACGGAACAAUCUGAUUCAACAAAAGACGGCCGCAGCCAUGUUCGCCCAGCAGAUGCAGUUUAUGCUCCAAAAUGCUCAAAUGUCAUCACUUACUUCUUUUCCUGUGACUCCAUCACUUGCAGCUAAUCCUGCCAUGGCUUACAAUCCUUACUUACCUCAUCCUGGGAUGGGCCUGGUCCCUGCUGAACUUUUACCAAACGCACCUGUUCUGAUUUCUGGAAACCCGCCUCUCGCACUGCCAGGAGCUGCUGGUCCAAAACUGAUGCGUUCAGAUAAACUGGAGGUUUGCCGUGAGUUUCAGCGUGGAAAUUGUACCCGUGGUGAGAACGACUGCCGCUACGCUCACCCUACGGAUGUCUCUAUGAUUGAGACAAGCGAUAAUACCGUGACCAUCUGCAUGGAUUACAUCAAAGGUCGAUGCUCCCGUGAGAAAUGCAAGUACUUUCAUCCUCCUGCACACUUGCAAGCCAAACUCAAGGCAGCUCAUCACCAGAUGAACCAUUCAGCUGCCACCGCGAUGGCCCUACAGCCUGGUGCACUUCAGCUGAUACCAAAGAGAUCGGCACUCGAAAAGACCAAUGGUGCCACCCCGGUCUUUAAUCCCAAUGUUUUCCACUGCCAACAAUCUCUGCCUAACCUGCAGCUCCCGCAGCCGGCAUUUAUCCCUGCAGGGCCAAUACUGUGCAUGGCACCCGCUUCAAGUAUUGUGCCCAUGAUGCACGGUGCUACACCUACCACUGUGUCUGCAGCAACAACACCUGCCACCAGCGUUCCCUUCGCUGCAACAGCUACUGGCAAUCAGAUACCCCCAUUAUCAAUAGAUGAACUGAAUAGCAGCAUGUUUGUUUCACAGAUGUAGAAGUUACCAGUAGAACAUUGAAAUUCUGAACAACAGGGUUAUGGAGUAUCAGAAUCUCUCCGUGAGAACCUCCAUAUGGCCUUUCUAUAUAUAUUCACGUAUGUCCUCUUCUACCAACACAACAAUAAGCGUGGUGCAGUCAAUAUAUUAAGCAAAACAAACGUCCCAACCGACAAAUUCAAAUUUAAAAAAGCAUUAAACAAUGGUGAUGUUAAAACACAAAUGGAAAACUAAUAACAACCAUCUAUCUUAUGGGAAUUAGGUAGAACACCAUACAAUGUUGUGAUUUAUCAUGUUAUGCUUUGUGAUUUUUCAGUAAUCAUAUUGUGCUAAGUGAAUCUCUAUAGUGGACUGUUGGCUUAUUGUCAUUCUUGGUGGAUAAAUAUUCGUCUCUGUUGAAGUGUUACCGUUUUUGUUUACACAAUAGUUUAUCCAAUACCAUUUUUCUCUAUGAUUGUAUUGUAUUGUGGUGUAUUGUGUUAGGUUUUUACAUACUAGAGUGUUUUGCUGUAAUGUGUAGUGUUUGGUAUCAACUAAAAUGUUAUUAAUGGGAAACAGAAACACAUGUGCUUGACCAAUACGUGCUCUCUCCCUCUCUUUAGAAUAUUUCUGUAGGUUUCUUGAGGCAGACAUUUUAAAAGGCCUCACUUUUGAGUCUGUCCAAAACAUGCAUGUGUAUAAUUUCUACCUGUAGAUCUGACCUUGCAUAAUACAACCACGUUGCUAGAUUUUUUUUGGUGAGAAAUAAUUACCUGAGAGAGAAAAAAAAAAAAAAAAAAAAAGGAAACUUCGUAAAACAUUAACCCAAAUUUCACUUCUCUAACAGCUUGAAAAACUAGAAUUUACCUUUAAAUGAAUUUCUCAGCAUUUAUACUAAAAAUUAUGUUAAGUGCCCAUUACAUUUUUUUUUUGUGUGUGUGUGGCUCAAGGGUCCUGUUUUCUAGGUUGAGAGUCUAAAACUGAGCCAUUUGUCACCUUCAGCUGAAAAAUUGGUUCUUGGAAGCUUAAAGGUAUUCUAAUUACAGGUUAUAAAUUAAGCAGAGAGAGGGGGGCGUGGAGAUCAUUUUUAACAUAUUGGAGGAAAGUGUGUAAAAACCAUUGCCGUGUAACCUUUGGUACAAAUACCAUUUUCUGAAUGCAAAUGGCUCAUGCUCUUUAGGCUACUCUGAAUAAUAAGUAAGAUGCAAUCUGGAAAAGUCAGUCAGGGUGAAAGAGAAUUGGUUCCAAGUGAGGCCUUUCCUCCCCAAAUGGACAGUCUUUUCUGUUGAUCACAGCUGGUGUCUUGAGUAUAGGUUUGGGGAAAUGGCGGAGCUGGGGAGGGAGGGGGGGAAGGAGGGAGACAUUUGAAAUUACUCUUCAAUUCAUUUGAAAGUUCUGGAAAGAACAGCUUCAGUUCAACGGAGUUUCCAGUUUUGUUAGACAUUUCAGUGAAGGAGCCAGUGCCUGUGAUCUGGGCUCAAGUGUUGCCCUUCGCAAACGUUGCGGACGACAGGCUCUCUCCUAACCAAGCCUCUUUUUUGUUUGGCUUUCUUUGUCUUUGGAUGUUUUGAAAAUUAUAAUAGAGAGGACCAGAGAGGUUUUUAGCACCCUUUGGAUGAGAUGGUGGCUACACUCCAGAGCUGAACUCAAUUUACAUGACUAAGGCUUAGGAGAUAACUGUAUAACCAAGUCAAAUAGUAAUUAACUCCUACGGUAUGUGACAUACCCCCUCCAUCCCACUCAGUUAUUAAAGUUACUGUUAUUAAUCAGGGGUGGAACCAUGUGAUAUUUUGCAUCCGUUUAGACAGAUUUAAUAUUUUCCACUAAGUAUGUUCUCUCACUGGGACGUAUAACAUCAUCACAUUUGAUGUGUCUAACAAGAUUCUUUUUCUCCUUCACGAAAAUGACAAGCAAAGGGAAAAUCUAAUUUAGGAUACCUUAAGCCGGCUGGUAGUGUUUGAAUGGUAGAACAAUGGAGUCAGCCAAACCUUUUCAUGGCCAGGGCAUGUGACUUGCCCAGGGCCACCUGGCUACCUGGUAGCUAACGUUUGAGCCCGGACUCCUGACCCCUGGUCGUUCCUCUGUUUCGUGUUCUUUGUGCUUCAGAACACCUGCGACUCCAUCCCAAAGCAGAUCGUUUUGGCUCAGAAUCCAAAAGAGCAAAAUUAGCUCUUAGGUAGCUGAUAUCCUGUUGAUCUUAAUUACCCAUCCAAAUCUCGAUCAGCAGCGCUUGCUAAAUGAUCUUGCUUUUGUAUUGAGCCGUUGUCAUCUGCUAACAGUAUUGCCUGGAGUCAGAGAACAAGAGGUGUCUGACUUGAACCACUUAAUUUCUGUUCCCCAAAAUGGUAACCUGGCUAGAGAAGAAAGUAGAGUAUGCCUUUGUGAAAUUACUUGUGUUUAGAACUGAGUUUUGUAAAAACCUGUGCCAGUGCCUCUCCAGAAGGGCAAAUUUGAUCACCUGAAUACAGGAACGAUGCGCCUGCCCUACUCUAGGUAUAUUCCUUAAAAGAGAGACAUUUUCAGCACAAAAUGAACUUUUUUUGUGUUGUUUGCCAUUUUGAGGCAACAUAUUGUCUCAUUUAACGUUUUAAACUUCUGACAAAGAUGCACGUGGACAAUAAACCUAGAGUACAGCUGUUUGCAUGUUGCUUUAAGCACUGGAAGACAUGAAUAGCGAUGUGGUGUUUUUUUGUUUGUUUGUUUGUUUGUUUUUUGUUUUUUGGGAAGAGGUUCAGUAGGAGAUAUUCAGGGUAGUUGUAUUUUUGGUGCCACAAUUUUGAUAUUGCUGGCAUUUGAAAAGUUGCUUUAUGAAUUUAAAGAAAGAAAACUCAAAGCACUAAAGUUUUGAGCCAAUGCAAAAGAAUUUUGACAGAAAUGCAGUUUUAAGAUAGCACUCUUGUAACGAGUUGUGCAAUGACUUAUUUGAGUUAUCUUUAUUCAAGAAAAGAUAAGUCAUUAGACUAUAAAUUUCCAGUGAAAAAGACAAGUCACAAAACUAAUCAGUGACUCUAAACAACAAUUUACUGGAUUAAUUGUAUAUAUAAAAUUCUAAUCACUUGUGAUUCUUAGUUAACGUUUUAUAAGCUUUGUAAUUUACCAGGGCCUCUAUUUUUAUUUAUCCAAAACGAUUGGUUUUGUCCAUUUCUCUCAGCCAUUUGCAAAAAUACGCAAGUGUGCUGAAACUUGGAUAAGACGGGUCAUGUAUACAGACAAAAUAACCUAAACGUUUCAUUUUAAGAGGGUUUUAGUGGUGUCCAAAAAAAUUUAAAGUACUCCGUGACCAUAAGUAUAUUUUAAAGGGGGAGUAAGAUUUAAAUUCAAUGGAUUCAUAAAAGCGCUAUUUUAAAGACAGUAUUUGCUUUUGCAAUUGGAGCAUGAUUCCUCAACUAGCUGUUGCAUUUCAUUUCACCUGUCUAGAUUAGAGUCUUUAAUUUGUAGUUUAAUCGUGAUGUGAAAAGCCACCUUCUCCCUAAGCCAUCAGUCUUUUCCAUCCGUUUCGAACAUGCUAAAGCACUUUGAUCUUGCCCUAAGUGUUGUCCCCCACCCCGAGGCUGUGUUCACGAACGGGCAGCCUCAGCUCACCAGCUCUGCAGUUUGGGAAGAGUAAGUACCCCCUUCCCAUACCAUCGGCAGGAACCAAAUAACUUUAAUCUUGAUGAUCUGUACAACAUGAAUCUCUGUUUCACAGCACGACCAGUAAGCACAGUGGUGGCUGAGUAAAGACAACAUUGCAUCGGCCUUAAAUGGUUUGAAGGAACCUGUGGGGAGGGGCCCUGGGCCCCUCGGAGUGUUAUUUGGCCCUUCCCCCACUCCUUGGGCGAGCAGCCGAGGAUGCACUUGGGUAAAAGGCAGCCACAGGUUUUCAAGUUAUUUUCGUCUGUAGGGCCGUCUGUGAUGCACAGAAUGAACAGAAACCGGAAUCUUCCUUUAACCUCUUCAACAUUUCACACCCAUCGAAAGAGAAAUAGGGAAAUAUGUCGAGGGAAAUAGAAUUUCCCAGUUCUGUUAGGGAAUUAGGAAGCUCGUGGCCCAAUUUUUUUCUUCUACCAGGUCCCCGCCCAAGGCAAGAGAAUAAACACUAUGUCAAAGAGUAUAACACCCUUUUUUUUUUUUUUGCUAGUUUCGUUGAUAGCUAAUCAAACUGUAAAUACCAUUACAAAUAGAGGUUCUGAGCACCAACGCACGCAUUGUUGCCAUGUUUUCAUUGUUUGUGUUAGUUUUUAAGGUUUUUAUUUUAUUCCUUUUUCAUAUCUUUAAGUAACUAAAGAAUUUAAUUUUGAAGGAGAGUUCGAGAAAGUUCAGAAUUUUACUACAUGUAUUUAACCUGCCUAGAUAGGUCCUAAACUGACACUGAAGCAUGACAAGGUAUAGAGUAUAGUUCAUAGCUACUCCUUACAGUUCACAGUUUAAGAACAAACUUAACUUUAUAUACAAAUAAUUUUUAACAAAUUAUAUCUAGUCGUUGCUUUAGCAACAAACCUACAACAUGGCUACCUUUAGACAUUUUUUUGUGUGUGAAGAUUUUACUUGUAAACUGUGUGUGGUUUUUGACAGUGUGAGCAUGUAGCAGAUACAGCUCAGAAAACAGAAGUGGUUGGUUUUUCUUUUAAAUCCCAAAUUCCCAUGUGAAAGCUGAAUUUGUGUCCUCGUGUGACUUUUUGAGCAAAAAGUUUACAACACUUGGAUUCUAGAAUCAGGCUUUCCAGCUGGUAGAAUUUGUUGUGUAGAUAUAGGGUUAUUCCACAGUAUUUCGACGCCAAACACAGUCGUACUUAGCAAACGUCCUGAUCUCUUUGUAUAACUUAUUCACAAUUAUUCUAUUCAAAUGGCAUAGCUAUAGCUUCAAAAAUUCUCUUACUCAAAAUUAUUCUAUUCAAAUGGCAUAGCUAUAGCUUCAAAAAUUCUCUUCUACAAAUCUAUCCAAAUGAGGGUUAACGAGUGGCAAAAGCAUUCAAUUAAUACUUUCAUACAAGAUCAAAUUAAUUCAUAUUUGUGAAACCAUCCAUACAGAUACUGUGGAAUGACCCCCUAACAGUGUGGAAGAGACAUAUGCUGCAGUUAACUGAUGGUCUCAGUUAGGGUGCGAACGUGUGAGACACACCUUUUUUGCACUUAUGUACAUAGUCCAUGAAAGCAAUCUUGGAGCUUUUUUUUUUUUUUUUUAAUAUAAGAAGUCUGUGAUAAUAGUGGAAAAGUAGAGAGUUCUUUCUAAGGCUUUGAGAAGAAGGGAGCUUUUUGCUACAAGACUUAGGCAUGAUCUUGCUUUGCUGUUACGGAGGCUUUCUAGUUGGCUACACUCACCCACCGUAAGAGAAGACUGGUUACAGGUAACAGGCCCACUGUAGCUAACAGCACUGAACAAAAGUUAAGGUGCUUCAUCUUUCAGCAAGACCGCUAGCAGAGAUGGUUUCAUUUUCAAAUUAAUCCUCACUGCAAACACACACACACACACACACACACACAGCAGGUUUCUGGUGGAGGUUUUCUUUUUUCACUAGUUGCCAAGACCGAAUUGGCAACCACUAAAAGAUGUGAUUGAACAGUUACGUAUGACCAGCCCGGAGCAUUUCAUUCCCUUCAAUAGAGGGAAGAAGGCUCCUGGCACAAUUUUAUAAAUGGCCCUAUUCACUUUAUACCUGUUCAGCGGAAGCUGUUUUCGGCCUUGCCUUGACCAGAUGAGACAGUGCUUCACUGUGUCGCUUCAGCCUCCCACUGUUUCGACUCAACAGAAGAGACUGCCACAAUCUUGGGUACAUCGGAGCCAGAAAAGACUGUUUCAGUCACACCAUCUCUGCCAGUUUCAGCUCCCAGGUCACCAAUAGCUCACCGUGUAUCUUUUUGUUGCCUCCAGGCAACGAGGCCUGGGGAAGGUCGAGGUUGGCAAGGUGUGAGGGUGUGAGGAUCGAUCACCGAUCACCGCAGGGACUUGAGUCCUUCCACCCGGAGCCCUGUCGCCCUCGCCCUCCGGGUGGAGGGAAUCGGUCUCAGCAUCGCUGCGCGUGUUGCUGCUUCUCACUCGCAGAGACGGGAAAAUAAGCCAAAGCCAGAAAGCGGUUUAAGCCUUACAGUUGUCCAAUAGCUCAGGGCUAGUUGGUUAGAAAUUCCUUUAUUUUUUUCUCCCCUUCAAACCACAGUCACUUCGAAUCAGCCGUACAGCUAACAGCCGGACCGGCUGACCGGCAUUUCCAAGGAACGACCUAAACUGGGGAUGCACAUUCAUUCUGCAGUUAGGGACUCCGACUUUCACCUUCUCGCCGACCUAUCCUCCCAGCUUAACCCAUGUUCUUGUGUUGAAAUGUCUUUGCGAAUCUAUAAGCCACGCAAAUGUAUUUUCAUAAGGUCGAUAGAAAUAUAGUAAGAUUUUAAGUCUGGAAGAAUCAACUAUAAAAUAGUAAGAAUGAAUCUAAGAAGCAUCACAAAAGAUAGCCAAUUAAUGGGUGGCAUGACAGCCCCUGGGUCACACUCUUUGGAGCUUAAACACAAUGCUGCGUUUUAAGGAAGUAAAAUAAGAGACUGAAAAGACCUCUCUUAUUAAGCCCCAGAAAGAAUUUAGUUUGACUAAUCCAUACAGUUUCCAGCCUCUCCACUUGUUUUGCAUGGAAGAGAACCACACAUCAAUACUCCAAAGCAGGAUGAUUCCAGAGGAAUUUUAUCUUUAAAUAGAACCCAUCCUCAAUUAUAGUAAACUUAAAAGGGAAAAAAAAAAUGUAUCACUGUGAAAUAACUCACAGCUACAUCAUAUUUGAUUUUUUAAAAAACAAAAACCUUCUGUAAUAAGACCUUAAAGUAACCCAACUUUAAGCACUGCUCUUUUCUCCCCAGACACACAACCUAAGGCUUUAUCUGUCAUAAAACUGCAUGAUUCGAAAGCUUUAUUUCUGUAUGCAGAUGCUACUUGUUAAUGAUGGAAGCCAAAUUGUUGUAUUGCUAUGUCUUUUGUGUCUAGCAGUUGAGAGAAUUAUGUGACCAAUGAUAUAAUUGGAUUGUGGGGUUGCCCUUUGCAAAAUAAAUUUCUUUGAUUAUUGUUGCUGCUUUAAUUAUUAGAAAAUGAACCAUUUGUUACAUGCCCCCAAAUUAUAAGUUUUGUAAAAAUUGGAAAGAAAGUUGCUCCUAAAUUGACUCUUUUUUAACUUUAUGCAUUCACACAACAACAAUCUGGUGUAAUGUAGAAAAUGGAAGCACAUAUUUUGGGCAGAAAAACGCCAAUUAAAAAUACUUAUGAAAAAUUAUUAUCCCUGUGCAACAAUUAUAGAUUUAAAUAAUCAUAAUAUUUAACAAAUAUAAACUGUUCUCAUAAUUUUUUGCCUCAAAAAUGCAAUAGCUCAUUCCCUCAACUGCUAUCAGUAGGGCAGAUGCUUUGAUUUUUUUUUGGUUUUCUUCCAAGUUAUUGUGCUGUACUGCUUGUUCGUGUUUAGAAGUGUGCGUUAUGCAUUUCAUUUUAGUACGCUGUUUCUAUGUUGUUUUUGUUCUUUUAAUAAAAUGUGUAAAUUUCG